AUGGGUGGUGGCGAGCCCAGGGGCUCUCCCAUGGGUGGUGGCGUUCUCAGGGUCCCACUGAGGGGCAUUAGCGCCCCCCAGGGACCCUUCCAGAAACGGUGGCGCCCCCAGGGACCCUCCCAGGAGCGUCGGUGCCCCAUGGACCCUUCCAGGGACGGUGGCACUCCCAAGGACCCUCUCAGGGGCGGCGACGCCCCCUGGGACCCUUCCAGUGGUGGUGGCAACCCCAGGGGCCCUGCAAGGGGUGAUGGCGCCUCCAGAGGCCCACUGAACGCAGCAACGCCCCCAGGGACCCUCCCAGUGAGGGUGGCACCUCUAGGGACACUUCCAGGUCAAGCGGCGCCCCCAAGGUCUCUCACAGUGGCGGCGACACCCUCAGGACUCUACCAGGGAUGUCGGCGCAACCAGUGA